AUGCAUGCGAAGGCUGUCGGUGAUCACUACAAUCUCGGCGACGACUUCUACCUCACCUUCCUUGACAAAAGACUCAGGUUCUACUCCCAGGGGCUAUUCGACACCCCAGAUGACACGAUCGAGCAAGCAUCGGAGCGAAAAAUGGAGACCAUGUUUGCGGCCCUCGAUCUCAAGCCUGGAAUGAGGCUUCUUGACAUUGGUGGAGGGUGGGGUGGAGUCACCCAGUACUGCGGUGAGCGAGGUGUGCAUGUCACCACCCUCACUUUGACGGCUGGAAGUGCUCGCUUUAUCCAGCGCAUUCUCGAGGAGAACAAUUACGCUGGUCAGGUUUUCUUGCAAGACUUCCUUACGCACACACCCAAAGAGCCAUACGACCAUGUCGUGAAUCUGGGAGUGAUUGAACAUAUCCCUAACUACCGCAAGUUUGCAAGCAAGAUGUGGGAGGUUCUGAAACCUGGUGGUCGAAUGUAUCUUGAUGCCUCGGCAGCUGUUGAGAAGUUUGCUGUGAGUUCUUUCACGCGGAAUUAUAUUUGGCGUGGAACACACACUUUCAUGACUCUUCAAGAUGUGCUGGCAGAGUUUCUUUACCAUGGGUUCUCAGUCUUGGAUGUUGCUAACGAGACUCGCGACUAUGAGCUUACAAUGUUGGAGUGGGCCAAUCGAUUUGAUGCAGCCAAAGACGAUAUCAUUGCCGGUUGGGGAGUGCAGAACUAUCGCGUUUUUCGAUUGUUCUUGUGGGGAGGAACGCACGCUUUCAAGACCAAUGCACUGCAGGCUUACCAUGUAGUUGCUGAGAGAACCUCAUCGCCUGGGCCGCGUCCCUCCAUCCCUCGUCGUUUUCGACAGUUCGUGGCCAAUUUACGUUGA